AUGGUAUCAGAUCUUUUCAUACAGCUACAAGAUGUGAAGUGAUCAGACACGAUCUGUGGUGGAAGUUGGCACGUUUAUGUUGUGGCACAUGUAGUGUUUGUGUUGUUAGCAGAGACUUGUACAGUGUAGGGUUUGAAAGUAUCUGGAGGAGACUAUUUUGGGUUUAACAGAAGAUCUGUCAAUGUGCGCACAGAUGGAGGACUAUCACAAACCCGACCAGCAAACCCUGGUGGCGCUUAGAAACAUCGCGAACCGGCUCAGGAUCAACUCUAUUAAGGCUACAACUGCUGCAGGCAGCGGACACCCGACGUCAUGCUGCAGCGUGGCAGAGAUCAUGUCUGUGCUCUUCUUUCACACCAUGAAGUACCGCCUUGAGGACCCCAGGAACAUCAACAACGACCGCUUUGUCCUCUCCAAGGGUCACGCAGCCCCAGUGCUGUAUGCAGUGUGGGCAGAGACAGGCUACCUGAAGGAGAGCGAACUGCUCAACCUCCGUAAGGUUGACUCCAUUCUGGAGGGACAUCCUGUGCCGAAGCAGCAGUUUGUGGAUGUGGCCACCGGCUCUCUUGGACAAGGUCUGGGGGCUGCCUGUGGGAUGGCCUACACUGGGAAAUACUUUGACAAAGCCAGCUACAAUGUGUACUGCCUGCUUGGUGAUGGAGAGAUGUCAGAGGGCUCGGUGUGGGAGGCCAUGGCCUUUGCCUCUUACUACCAGCUGGACAACCUAGUGGCCAUCCUGGACAUCAACCGUCUGGGGCAGAGCGACCCAGCUCCCCUGCAGCACCAUGUGGAGAAGUACCAGAAAAGAUGUGAGGCCUUCGGGUGGAAUGCCAUCAUUGUGGACGGACACAGUGUGGAAGAGCUGACCAAAGUUCUAAGUCAAACCCGUCACCAGCCCACUGCCAUCAUUGCCAAAACCAUCAAGGGCAAGGGAAUCCCAGCGGCGGAGGACAAGAUGGGCUGGCAUGGAAAGGCCCUUCCCAAGGACAUGGCUGAAGGCGUGGUGAAGGACCUCCAGAGCCGUUUAAUGAGCAGCACCAAGCGCCUGUACCCCGGUACACCCACCGAGGAUGCCCAGCCCGUCAGCCUUCGGAACAUUCGCAUGCCCAGCGCACCCACCUACAAACUCGGCGAGAAGAUUGCCACACGGAAGGCCUAUGGCAUGGCUCUGGCUAAGCUGGGCCGCUACAACGAGCAUGUGGUGGCUCUGGACGGAGACACCAAGAACUCCACCUUCACGGAGCUCUUUAAGAACGAGCACCCAGAGCGCUACGUCGAGUGCUACAUCGCUGAGCAGAACAUGGUGAGCAUCGCAGUGGGCUGCGCCACGCGGGACCGUAACGUGGUGUUCGCCAGCACGUUCGCCACUUUCUUCACGCGUGCUUACGACCAGCUCCGCAUGGCCGCCAUCUCCGAGAGCAACAUCAACCUGUGUGGCUCCCACUGCGGCGUGUCCAUCGGAGAGGAUGGUCCUUCUCAGAUGGGCCUUGAAGACAUUGCCAUGUUCAGAGUUAUUCCCACAGCGACUGUGUUCUAUCCCAGCGAUGCUGUGUCCACUGAAAAAGCUGUGGAGCUGGCCGCCAACACCAAGGGUGUGUGUUUCAUCAGAACCAGUCGUCCCGAGAACACGGUCCUUUACAACAGUAACGAGGACUUCCAUGUGGGACAGGCAAAGGUUGUCUACAAAACCAGCGAUGAUCAUGUGACUGUGAUCGGAGCGGGCGUGACACUUCAUGAGGCAUUGGCAGCUGCUGAAAUGCUGAAGAAAGAGAGGAUCAACAUUCGAGUGAUUGACCCUUUCACUAUUAAGCCCCUGGACUCCAAGACCAUCAUUGAGCACGCCAAGGCCACCAGGGGGCGCAUCAUCACUGUGGAAGACCAUUACUAUGAGGGUGGCCUGGGGGAGGCGGUGUGUUCUGCGGUGGUGAACGAGACGAGCUUCAAUGUGCACCGUAUGGCUGUGGCCCACGUUCCCCGCAGCGGCAAGCCCGCCGAGCUCCUCAAGAUCUUCGGCAUCGACCGCGACGCCAUCGUGCAGGCCGUGCGCAAGAUGCUCAGCAACUCUGCCAACGCCAAGUAG